CUCAAUCGCACAUGUUGCUUUCAUAUAAAAACCGAGCACAGAAGAAUGGAACCGGUCGAUCCAUUUCCCAGGCCUUUUCGGAUGCUUUUGAGACCUGGGAAGGGAUCUCGUGGCAAGAAUGAACGGGGAUCCGAACCUAAUGAAAAGGAGCAAUAUUCAAUCUCGUUGGCCAGCGAUUCCGUCGCCCCAAAUGUUUCGAAUAUGCGGGAUGAACAGGGAGACAACCCCAUCACCAACCAGCAUUCAACGCGUUCACAACACGCGAACGAGAGAACUGAACAUCAAUUCGAUUCAGGCUUAGCUUCUUUCCUGGAAACUCAUGAAGAUUCGACACAGAAUUCGGCAGGAGCCUUGCCGCACGACAAUCUACCUUCCAUGCCCACCACAUUCACCGUGCCGGAGAACUCACGACAUGAAUCCACAGACAGGCAAAGAGAAAACGACCAAGCAACCUAUAUAUAUCCGCUAAUAAAUCUUCAUUAUUCAUAUAACCCGGAAGACCCUGCCAUGACCCGAAACGAAUCAUCACACAAACAACCCUUCAGACCCGCUCGAAGUCAGCGAAUCGAAAAGCAAUCUCGUGAAAAAGCACGCAUCUUCCCAUGCACAUUCUGCUACGACAAAUUCAAAAGAAAACACGACUGGGUUCGCCACGAGCGAUCGCUCCACCUCGAUCUCGAGACCUGGACCUGUGCCCCCGAUCACGAUCCCACGCCAGAGCAUCUCGAAGAGCACAAUCACAAUGUGUGCGCCGGUACCGAUCGAACUUUCAGCCGAAAGGACCAUCUUAUGCAACAUCUUCGCCUAGUUCACCAUGUCAGCCAGGUUCCCGUCAUUGAGAAUUGGAAGAAAAAUGCGCCUCCUUUUGGGGAUCAUGGGUUUCCUCCCUCGAUUGCCGUGCAAGUAAGGAAUGCGAUCCCGCCGUAUCUGAUUGCACAAGGAAUUCGGACAUCGCCCUAUUUACCCCGAAGAAACGAUGCUUCCAGUGAGCAAAUGGAUCUGGAUCAGAUUGGCUUGGCGGGCCCAAGCCGUACUUCGAACCUUGAAUCCACGGACAACCCACAAGAUUCAUCACAACAGGAUAAUUUGCCUGAAGAUAUUCAAGUUUUCUCGGAUGUCAUUGCCCUACAUAUCAGUAGGUUUGCCCGUGAGAACAUCCAGAAGGGUAUCUUCCCGACAGAGGAAAUGUUUCAGAAAGAGACGCAACGCUUGACGGAAAAUUGGAAACAAAUAAUAGCGGAUAAUCUAGAGUCCGUGACUAGAUUUCAGCAGCAACAAGCGGAGGAUGUACAAGGAGACGAUGUAGCCUCUACAGACCCGGAUCUAGAUACACUGCUUAAUUUCCUUUCAUGA